GCAUCAGGUUGUCUCGUAUUCUGAUUUGUUAUUUAGUCGUAACAACACGCCCUACAUUAGUUUUAACGGGAAAACGACUAUAUGUAGCUGCGAGGUGAAGCUAAUUUUAACUGACUGACACCAGAAAAAAAAUCUGCUAAGUAUCAGUAGAGGGUCUUGAUUGAAACGACAAUACGGAUAUGGCAUCGGUCAGCCCCUGUGUUGUGAUCAGCGAUGAUGAGCAGGGAUAUGACCUGGACCUGUUCUGCAUACCCAAGCACUACGCUGAUGACUUGGAUAAGGUUUACAUCCCACAUGGACUCAUUAUGGACAGGACAGAAAGGCUGGCCAGGGAGAUUAUGAAGGACAUGGGGGGGCACCAUAUUGUGGCCCUCUGCGUACUCAAGGGGGGUUACAAGUUCUUUGCAGACCUGUUGGACUACAUUAAGACCCUGAACCGCAACAACGACCGCUCUAUCCCUAUGACAGUGGACUUCAUCCGCCUAAAGAGCUAUUGCAAUGACCAAUCAACAGGUGAAAUCAAAGUCAUUGGAGGGGAUGACCUGUCUAGCCUGACAGGCAAGAAUGUGCUGAUUGUGGAGGAUAUUAUUGACACAGGAAAGACCAUGAAGACCUUACUGGAACUUCUCAAACAGUACAACCCAAAAAUGGUAAAAGUUGCAAGUUUGUUGGUGAAGAGGACACCAAGGAGUGUUGGUUACAGACCAGACUUUGUAGGAUUUGAGGUUCCAGACAAGUUUGUGGUGGGAUACGCAUUAGACUACAAUGAGUACUUCAGAGAUUUAAAUCAUAUCUGUGUCAUUAGUGAAACGGGGAAGGAAAAAUACAAGGCAUGAAGAGGACAGCACUUCUAUUAUGAGUGAUUAUUUUUGAUGUUGCUAUUAUUUUAUAUAUCUGAUCUAUAUAUUUUUGGGUCAAAAAAAUCUAAUCAAGGGUGUAGCUCACUCGACACCUCCAUUUACUGCUCAGGGCCCCUGAGGUGUAUACACACAUUAUUGUUACUCACAUAGGGCAAACCCUUCACAUGCUAUGUAACACUUUAGAAACACCACACGUCAACGUUCAAUAUUUUCUAAGGUGGAGUAUGCCAUCGUUGCUUUCAAUAAUAGGCCGUUUUCUUGCCUUGUUAGCAAUACCCAAGAGUAUAUAUUUUUUUGUAGGUGAGUAAUUUAUUGAUAAAUCUGCUGCUAUGAUAGCAGGAAGUAGAACAAAAUGUUAGUCAUGAAAUUGUUAAUUAUUUUUUAUUUACAUAACAUCCAUUUCACAAAACUUGAAUUCAUCUUGUCACUGAUUUGAAAGUGGGUACAUAAUCUGAAGAGCUUGACUAAAUUCCUUUGCAUAGACAAAAUAAGUGGUAUGAACAAAGGAAGGAGCAGGUAUCCUUAUAGAUCACAUACUGUAGAAUAUGUAAGAAAACAUUUGCAUGGUCACCCCCCCCAAAGUCAAGUGUUCUAUCAGUAUGACCAUACUGUACUAUCAACUAUUUUAUAUGGUUGUUUAAUGAGUUGUGAUAAUUUAAGCAUGUCUGCUCUUAUUAAGAGCUUUAUUUUAAGAUUGAAUACUGUAUGACAAUGGUUCAUCCAAUAAUGUCUUUGUAUUUCCAAUACCAUUAAAAGCAAUCUCCCCUCUGAUGCAUGCUGAUUUCCCCUCAAAACAUUUGCUUGUGAUGCCAAUUAAUUAAAUUAUAAAUUGUAUCACUAUUGUCCUCUCAAUGCUGUUAUAGAUGUUAUUCCAAACUCUGGAACAGAAGAGGAACUCUUAUAGAAUGUCUUGUUCUGUGGAAUGUCUGAUGUUGUUAAAGUUGUUAAUGUGAACUCAAAAUGCUUUUGCACCAGCAAUGACAAUUAUGUUAUAAAUAAAAACAGAUUGUUCCACAGUU